AUGGGUGCUGCGGACCAGUUUGACGGUCUCCAGCAGCCCAAGCAGCAACCCGGGCCACCGCUGCAGAUACUCUCUGUUCCUGCGCAUGGCGCCCCGUCUCAGUCGCCGCAUCCGCAGCAGCAGCUGCCCCAGCAGUCCCAUCAGCGCAGCGUCAAGCGCCCCCGACCUGUCAAGUCUUGUACAGAAUGCCGUAAAAGAAAGCUUCGAUGCGACCGACUUUGCCCUUGCUCGCAGUGCCAAAAAUCGAAUCGCGCCUGCCGAUAUGCAGCUGAUGCAGAUGGACAGCCUGACUCUGAUGCUUCCGAUGUCGAAGUACCUGAGCCUGGACGCCCUCCCAAGCGCAAUUGUCCUCCGGGCAACACGCCUUCGGCCACUUCAAUAGCCGGCGAUCCGAGCACUAUUGCCACCGCUAUUGCAGCUGCCAAGAAUGGCGAUGCUUCUGGGCUGCCGCUUCUGGAGGAGCUCUCCCUGCGAAUGGAGCGCCUGGAGAAGCAAGUGAUGCGGAGUCCAGCGGCUACAGAUUUGAGUGUCAGCCGUGUGAAUGCAGCGACGGCAGAUACAAUUCGCGGCCUCAGUGUCAAAAAUAGUGCAAAGCGGACUCGAUUCUUUGGCCAGGGAAGUUCCAGGGUCAUGCUCAACUUGUUUGACGACGCCAAAGCUUUUAUUCGUCAACAUCAAAGCAUCGCUGGUGGUCGAGAAGUCUUGUCUGAUUUUCGAGCUGCCCAUCAUUUCAUACACGAAAACUGGACCAAGGCUCUGGCCCCCAUUUCGGUCUACGUGGAUUCUAUGAUGCCAAUUCAGAAGCGCAUGUCUGAUAUACUACCCCCCAAAGACGUUUGCGAUCGCCUGGUUGCUUCUUAUGUGGAUUCAUCAGAAACCAUCUACCGUAUCCUUCACAUACCCUCAUUUAUGGACCAAUAUAACUUGUACUGGAGUGGCCGACAGCAAUUCCCACACUUUUUGCCCCAGCUCUUGGCAGUCCUGUCGACAGCCUCCCGGUUCGAAACGAAAUCUAAGGGGAUUCUGCACGAGAGAACCGAUGGAGUGCACAACCCCACUAGCUGUGCAUUGGUUCGCAGUUGGCUGGACAGUUUGAAAGGCAAGCAGCGUGUCGAGUUUGAAUCUUUGCAGGUCGAAGUUCUACUGUUGCACGCUCAGCGGAUGGUGACGCAACGCACCAACGAGUUAUGGGCUCAAGUUGGUUAUAUUGUACGAAAUGCCAUGUCCAUGGGACUACAUCGCGACCCUCUGGAGUUUGGCCCUCGCAUGACUGUUUUCCAAGGCGAGCUUCGCAGGCGACUUUGGUUUACUAUUAUGGAUAUCGACGUGCAUCUAUCUAUUGCCCUAAACAUGCCUACAUCAAUGCGGGAAGGAGAUUUUACUUGUCGACCACCACGAAAUUUGGAUGAUGCGGAGCUGUUUGAGGGCAUGGGAGAACUACCGCCUUCCAAGCCGAUCGACCAAAUCACAGACAAUCAGCUGCAGGUCUAUGGCGCAAUGACACUACCAGUGCGCAUGAAAGUAGCUUACUUGGUGAACAAUAUUGAUUCCAUUCGGGACUAUCAAGAAGUGCUGGAUGUAGGUAUGAAGCUGGAUAGGUUUCUCGAAGACAUCAACUACCUAUUUCCACGGCAAGGCAUACUCAACGACACGCAAAAGAGCAAGAUGUGGAGAUCGCGCGUCAUUCUCGACAUGCAUGCAAGACGACCCCUUCUUGCAUUAUAUCGCAGCCUGGCCAUGGGAACACCUGACGCCCCUUCGCAGAUCACACGCGCGCACCUACGUUCAUCGAUGGUGAUUUUAAAGUACCUUGACGAAAUCGAUCCGCGACAGCCAUACUUUGAGAUUAUCACUGCCAUGUACCACCAAAUGCUCAAGCAUGAUAUUACGCAGGCGGCGCUGAGCGUCUGUUACUAUAUACAGGCGGCGCACCGAUCUUCCGAGAAUAUGAUGGGAAGCUAUCAGCGUCAAUCGCCAGAAUGGGGUGGAGACGACUAUCCGCUGUACAAGCCAGAAUCAUUAUCUAUAUGGUCACCGGAGCGAAUGAUUGGGACGGUGGAAAAAGCACUCGAAAUCCUGACCAGACAUGCCAGUGGCAACGACACCAAGGAUCUCUUGACCCUGACUCUCGUAUUGGAAACGGUGAGGAAACCAGAGCCGCGGACGGAUGAUAUUGUACACGGUCUGUAUAGUGUGCUGGAUCUACUGCUUCGCUCGUCACAUACGACGCUGGAGAAGGUGCGCGCUGCCCCGCAAAGCACCUUCAGGCCGGACGGGUUCAUGCAUGGCCAUGCGCAAAUGAGCAACCCGGCUGCGGCGGCGCAACAAUACGGCGGCUGGCUCAUCUGGGAUGGGUGGGAUUAG